AUGCAAAUUUUCGUCAAGACAUUAACUGGCAAAACGAUUACCUUGGAGGUCGAGUCCUCUGACACUAUCGACAACGUGAAGUCUAAAAUUCAGGACAAGGAGGGCAUUCCUCCCGACCAGCAGCGUUUGAUUUUCGCUGGCAAGCAGCUAGAAGACGGCAGAACUUUGUCUGACUACAAUAUCCAAAAGGAAUCCACGUUGCAUUUGGUUUUGCGAUUGAGGGGUGGUAUGCAAAUCUUUGUCAAGACAUUGACCGGCAAAACUAUCACCUUGGAGGUCGAGUCCUCUGACACUAUCGACAACGUGAAGUCUAAAAUUCAGGACAAGGAGGGCAUUCCUCCCGACCAGCAGCGUUUGAUUUUCGCUGGCAAGCAGCUAGAAGACGGCAGAACUUUGUCUGACUACAAUAUCCAAAAGGAAUCCACGUUGCAUUUGGUUUUGCGAUUGAGGGGUGGUGCUUAA